GAUGUUCCCAUCAUCGUAAUAUAUAUACCCCCUUUGGUUGCCAUCUUCUUCACCAAUUCAGCAAGUAAUCAUAAAGGUCAAAUGAAGCCUUUUGAGUUUACAGCUCUUUCUCCUCUACUACUCUCCUUUCUGCUCCUGAGUGUCUCCGCAGAACAAUGUGGUAGACAGGCAGGAGGUGCACGUUGCCCCUCGGGACUUUGCUGCAGCAACUUUGGUUGGUGCGGAGACACUCAAGCCUAUUGUGGUCCUGGGAAUUGUCAAAGCCAGUGCUCUUCUGGUCCUGGGCCUACUCCAAAACCUCCCACCCCUAGCACUGGGGACAUAAGCAACAUCAUCAGCAGUUCCAUGUUUGAUCAGAUGCUCAAGCAUCGCAAUGAUAACGCAUGCCAAGGGAAGGGCUUCUAUUCCUACAAUGCCUUUAUCACUGCUGCAAGAUCAUUUCGUGGCUUUGGAACCACCGGUGACCCCACCAGGCGUAAAAGGGAGGUUGCUGCUUUCCUUGCCCAAACCUCCCAUGAAACUACCGGAGGAUGGGCUACAGCACCGGAUGGGCGAUACGCAUGGGGUUACUGCUACCUUAGAGAACAGGGUAACCCUCCUAGCUACUGUGUUCAAAGUUCUCAAUGGCCAUGUGCUCCUGGCAAGAAAUAUUACGGAAGAGGCCCCAUCCAAAUUUCAUACAACUACAAUUACGGGCCUUGUGGGAGAGCCAUUGGGGUGAACCUCCUAAACAACCCAGAUCUGGUGGCCACAAACCCAGUCGUCUCAUUUAAGUCAGCAAUUUGGUUUUGGAUGACAGUUCAACCACCAAAGCCAUCUUGUCACGAUGUGAUCACGGGGCGAUGGACACCAUCAGCUGCAGAUAGAGCAGCCAACCGCCUCCCAGGAUAUGGCGUCAUAACAAAUAUCAUCAACGGGGGAUUGGAAUGUGGGCGCGGCUCCGACCCUAGGGUCCAAGACCGUAUUGGAUUUUAUAGGAGGUACUGUUCCAUUCUUGGAGUAAGUCCUGGAGACAACAUUGACUGCGCCAACCAGAGGUCCUUCAACUCUGGCCUCUUACUUGACAACAUGUAAUCGCCUCACUUUUGUAUUUAUUUUCAUCCACACCCACCCUGGUGUAAUAAUAUUAUUAAUAUGUGAUAUGAUCGCUACUGUACCGCAUACAAUAAGCAAAGAGAGUUCUUCCACAAGUACAGUGGAUGUUUCUUCUUCUA